CAAAAUAUUUCCUCCAUUCUUCAGAUAGAUAAUCUCCCUUCCACAACCGAAACUCGACCCCUAUCGUUGCUCCUCCGCACCAUCCUGCACCAGUAGAAGGUGAAGCCGUAACCGUUUCUUCUCCGCCGCCAUACGCCACCGCACGUGACCGUGUUCUGUGCGCUACGCAGAAAUGUCGAACUCGAACGUUGCCCAGGUUCGUUGUAUUAUUGGUUGAAGCGUUAAAAAUGGCAUUGUCCCUUCCCUCAUUCUGCAAUCAUGGAACAGUCACUUCCCUAAGUUCCAGCUUUCUUCCUGUGACAACACCUUCAUCCUUUUCUAUCAAUAGAAAACCAAAAAUUCAUAACCUCAAGAAUGACACUGUUUCAGUUUCUUGUUCUCUUAAAACUGUACGUGAUGGUACCCUUGACAGGCAUGUUGUCAUGAAGAAUAGAAUCCGGUUUGUUCAAAAGAUGAAAACUUUACUUCUCUCUAAACAAAAACAUUAUCUUCCCCUUCACAUUCUGUCAAAGUGUCGGUCUUAUCUUACUCUUUCUCAGCCUCAUUCUAUACUUGAUAUGAUUCAUCGGUAUCCUUCCAUUUUUGAACUCUUCACUAUCCCAUGGCCACCCACACCUCCCAAUGCAACUAAGUUAAAUCAUCAACUCUGUGUUCGUUUAACUCCUGCUGCAGCCUCCCUUGCUUCUGAGGAAAUGAAUCUUCAAUCUUCCCUUUCCACCGUGUUGGCAACCAAACUCCAAAAACUCCUUAUGCUAUCUUCUCACCACCGGUUACUUCUGUCUAAAUUGGUGCAUCUUGCUCCAGAUCUUGGUCUCCCUCCUAAUUUUAGAUCCCGGUUGUGCAAUGACCAUCCUGACAAAUUCAAGAUCGUUGAUACUUCCUAUGGUCGUGCACUUGAGCUUGUAUCUUGGGACAUCAACUUGGCAAAGCCUUUGCCUUUGCCGUCUCUUGCAUUCCAGUCUCAUGGUUUAAUAGUUGACCGACCUUUGAAGUUCAAGCAAUUGAAACUUCGCAAGGGACUUAAUUUGAAGAGACGUCACCAGUAUUUCUUGCUAAAAUUUGAAGAAAUGCCAGAGGUGUGCCCCUACAAGGACCGUGUGGAGGAUGUGGCCAAGGAAUCAAUUGUGGCAGAAAAGAGAUCUUGUGCCAUAGUAAGAGAGGUUCUUGGAAUGACAAUUGAAAAAAGGACUUUAAUAGACCACUUGAGCCAUUUCAGAAAGGAGUUUGGCCUCCCUAACAAGUUGAGAGGUAUGGUUGUGAGGCACCCAGAAUUAUUUUAUGUGAGUUUAAAGGGGCAGAGGGACUCAGUUUUAUUGGUGGAAGGGUUUGAUGACAAGGGUAACUUAUUGGAGAAGGAUGACAUUUAUGUAUUGCAAGAUAAAUGGAUGGACUUGGCUAGGGAAUCAAAGAGAAUGAGACAAGAGGGAAGGAAAGAUAGGACUCAUAAAGAUAUUGGCAGCUUAAGUGAUACUAAUCAAAACAGUGACGGCAGCGACGCUGAUUAUGAUGACAAUAUUGAAAUUGAUAAUUUUAAAGAUGAUUAUGAUGACGGUUUUGAGGAUAUAUUUGAAGACUUGGACUUUGAGGCUGAGGAUGAUGAAUAUCGAAACAAGUUCUUUGCCAACAAGAAUGGGGAAUUUUGGACUACAGGACAUUUUCCUAUUCAAACUGGUUUGGAUGCUGAACUGACGCCACCUUGGUAGUUUUCAAUAUCCAUAGCUUUGGUGUUAACCCUACCAUUUUAAUUUGGCAAGAACCACUAUCAAACUUGCAAUACAUAGUAGUGAGUUCCUAAUGACUGGCAGAUCCAAUGUGGUGACACUCUCAAUGCUCAAACGCAGUGUACUCGUCCCUGAAUUCUCAAACAUCAGUUUGCAAUGGAGUAGUUUGGAUCUGUAACUUCUGUGCUCUUUUCCAGUGCCAGAACCAUUUUCUUUUUAAUUUCUACAAGUUUAAAUAUAUAUCUUGUAAGAAAAAUUCUCAAGGGAUGUUGGACAAGCAAGAACAAAACAUGGGGUUUCCAGACCUCUGCAGUGCUGGGUAGGUUUGUUACUUGUGUCACAAGGGAGAGAAGGAAAAUAGCAGGGGAGAAGCUAGAUCACUAAUGGUCAAGAGUUUGCUCAGAUCAAUACUGGUGAAAAGAAGACUCUUCAAUUAGAUGAUCUUGACACAGAUUAUUUACCAAUGAUAAAGCACUUAGACUUACAAAUACAAAUUGAACACCAUUGAUGGUGACCAGGGCUUGUCAUUGUUAACUAAUCAAGCGAUGAUUUAACAAAAUCUCGAAUGAUGCCUUGGGGAAGUAAAUUAAGAAAACUUUUGCAGCUCAUCUCUGACAUAGUCUAGAUGUACCGAGUUCAUUGCAUGUAUAUUUCCUGUAACUUUUUUUUUGUUUUUCCAUUAUGGGGAUCAAAUGUCAAUAUUAGACCAAAAUAAGAGUGUAAAAUUUUAUCCCAACUUCUCCCCAUGUCUAAGAUUCUUGAGCUUAGCCACAAAUUUACAUAUAAUAUCAAUAAUGAGUCAAAUAAAAGUAUACCAUUGCCAUGGUCUCAUUUUC